GCGUAAUUAAUGAAAAAGUUGAUAGAUAAAAGUGAUAAGUUGAAAAACAAGAUCUAGACAGACUUCCGGAAUGUGAAUUAGGCUAAUUUUUUUUUUUUUGCGGAAAAUAAAAUUAAUUGCUAUUAAUCAAAUCAUAAUCAAGUACAUCAGUAACAAAAGGAGGGGAAGUAAAAAACCAAACAUGACUAUCAGACAAAGAACCCGCUGCCUUAGCCAUCGCAUGAGCUGCUCGGUUCGCUGAUCGUCGAACAUGAGAAAAAAUAAUACUAACAAAGUUAGUCAUCAAAUCUCGUAUAUCCUCGGCUAAAAUUCCAGAAUAAGAUAAACUUGAACCCCUUUGAAUUUCUUGAAUAGCUAGAAGAGAAUCAGAUUCCACAUCAAUAAAAUCCCAUUGUUGAGCCUUAAGCCAACUGAGAGCUUCCCUCACACCCAUAAGUUCAGCUUCGAGAGGGGUAAACUUACCGGUCCCUGAAGUACAUCCACCUGCCAAAAAUAUUCCAUAGCUAUCUCUUACAACCCAUCCGAACCCGCAUCUCUCUCCCCCGGUUGAGGCAUCGACAUUAACUUUCCGCCUCCCUGCACCAGGUCCCUGCCAGUGAAUUGCGCCAGCGGUGAGUUUACUCCUAAAAAAUGAUGUUGGUUGCUGCACUUUAACCCAACUGUCAACAUAGUCGACAAUUUUUGCCUAAUAAUGCAGUUGUUGGUCAAAAUCCUGAAAUGUGAAUAUGCUAAAAAGGUAUACCAUAGUCUACACCAAUAAAAUCCACUGUCGGUUUUCCAUAAGUAAUUAUUCUCGGAAUUUGGGAUGGAAGAUCGUCAAGAUGGAACUUUGGAAUUGAGAAUUGAAGAAUCAAUCGGAGCGAAAUAACCGAAUAAUAUACUCAAUAGAGUUUUUAUUUUGCAAAAAACAAUAAUUUAGCCGAGAUGCAAACUAUCGGCUGUCACCCGCACAGCCACCCUUCAAUCGCCGAUCUCCGCCGAAACAGUCGCCGCUCUCCGGCCGUGGAGACAUCUCCCGUGAUCCGCGCCUACAAAGAUGCCAGAUUCGAAGCUCGCAAAAAGAAGGGCUCAACUAGAACGUCGAGGUUGGCCGAGUCCCUGUCAAACUUCAUCAAUCUUCAGAUCGAGACGGCCACCAUUGCCCGACGGAACAAUCUUGUGAACGUCGAAGACAAGGCCGACACUCCCAUAUCGUCUCCCAAGCAAAAUAUAUCCCGCGAGUGGCGCGAACUCCAUGGUUGCCGGGAAUGGGAAGGUCUUCUCGACCCGCUCCACCCGUUUCUCCGGCGUGAGAUCGUCAAGUACGGUGAAUUCGCACAGGCAACGUACGACGCGCUUGAUUUCGACUACUGCUCGGAGUACGCCGGGAGUUGCAGGUACAAUCCCCACAAGCUGUUCGACGAAUUGUCGCUUACAAGGAGCGGUUACAGAGUCGUCAAGUACAUGUAUGCCAUGUCGCAGAUCGACCUACCGGAGUGGCUAGAGGCGUCUCAAUUGGUCAACCGGUGGAGCAAGGACUCGAAUUGGAUCGGGUUUGUGGCCGUGAGCGAUGACGAAGAAACGCUGCGGAUUGGCCGGAGAGACAUCGUUGUGGCGUGGCGGGGAACAGUGACGCCAACGGAGUGGUAUGAGAACACGCAGAACAAGCUGGUGGCGAUCGGGCAAGGAGAAGGAAAAGUCGAACAAGGCUUCCUCAACAUCUACACUUCGAAGUGCGAUUCCUCGCCAUACAACAAAUCCAGCGCGUCGGAGCAAGUCAUGCGGCAGCUCCGAGACUUGGUGGAAGCAUACGGAGGCGAAGAAAUGAGCCUGACAAUCACCGGGCACAGCCUGGGUGGCGCGCUAGCCGUUCUGAAUGGCUACGAGUCGGCAGCCAACUUCCCCGGCCUCCCAAUCGCCGUGAUAUCCUUUGCAUCACCAAGAGUAGGGAACAUCGCGUUCCGCGACGAGCUGUACCAGAUGGGGGUCAAAACGCUGCGCGUGACGGUGAAGCAGGACUUGGUGCCAAGAAUGCCUGGGAUCGUGUUCAACGAAAGCCUGCAGAAGUUUGAUGAACUGACAGGAACACUGGAGUGGGUUUACACGCACGUGGGAGCUGAACUGAAGCUGGAUGUGAGAGCAUCACCGUAUCUGAAAAGAGGGUUUAAUUUCGUAGGGAUCCAUAUGCUGGAGACGCAUCUUCAUCUGGUGGAUGGGUGGGUGAGCAGGAGUUCAACGUUUAGGGGCGACGCCAAAAGGGAUGUGGCGUUGGUGAAUAAAGAUUGUGAUAUGCUGGUGGAUGAGCUCAGAAUACCACCCAACUGGUACCAAUUGGCCAAUAAAGGUCUGGUGCGUAAUGCUUCUGGUAGGUGGGUUAGGCCCAAAAGGAAACCUGAAGAUGUGCCUUCACCAACCACCUUCUAACCUCAAAAUAUCCAAUUAACAAACUUCUUGUAGGAAUCUUUUUUCCCAUAUAAUCCUAUUUUUUUUAAUAUACCUAGUAGCAUUUUAUCCAGGAGAGAUAUGAAUCUUCAUUGUAUAGUAUGUCCUGAAGCUAUUCUAUUCUGCAUUGGCCGG